AUGAAUCUCGCCUCCGUCCGUGAGGCCAAAUGGGGCCAGGAAUGGCGCUCCUCCUCGUGGUUCAUCGUCGCCGCGAUGGCAAUGGCCCUGUUCACGGACACAUUCCUAUAUACUUUCCUCGUCCCGAUUCUCCCUUACGUGGUUGAAGAUCGCCUCGGUUUAGACUCGCUGACACAACGGAUCAGCUUCGCGUUGCUGUCCGAAAGUGCCGCUGUGGCCGUCGUGCUGAAUCCGUUCAUUGGACACUAUGCUGAUAAGUCGGCGUCGAAGCGAGUCUGGCUGCUGUCGGCGCUGGUGGCCGCCCUCCUGGGAUCGGUGUAUCUGGCGCUGGCGACGUCGGUGGUCCACGUUUUCAUCGGCCGAUUUAUUCAGGCCAUUGCCAGCUCGUUCAUGUGGGUGGUGGGGUAUGCGACGAUCGCCGACAGUGUCGACUCGACUCGCCUGGGUGUGAUAUAUGGGAUCAUCUCGGUGGCGGCGGCUGUAGGCUUGUCGGCGGGACCAAUGGUCUCGGGUGUGCUGUUCAAAAUAGGUGGUUAUUGGACGGCUUGGACUAGCGCGUUUGCGAUCCUUCUUGUGGAUAUUGUUCUCCGUUUACUGAUGCUGGAGAAUCCCCGGAGAAAGAGAGAGAAGCAAUCGGAUUCUUCCCCUGCGGAUGACGGCCCACACGAGGAAAACUCGCCGCUCCUCCACCCGGACAAUGACACAUCGACCGCCUCGCGCGCCGCGGCUGCACCGGAGACAGUCGAAGAGAAGACAGGUCUAGAAUACUACGUGUACAUGUUUCGACACCGUCGAUUCGUAAGCGGGGUUCUGGGUUAUUUUGUCUUUGCGAUAUUGAUCUCCAGUUUCGACACGACGCUUCCCCUGCACGUCCGCGAUGCGUUCAACUGGGAUAGUAUGCCAGCGGGACUAAUGUUCCUGGCCUUGCAAGGUCCCGGCAUUGCGCUCAGUCCCCUUGUUGGCUGGUUGAAGGACCGCGUUGGGACACGGAUCCCCACCACGAUUGGUUUUCUGGGGUUGACUCCUCUGUUGUGGCUGCUAGGGGUGCCCGGAGAUGAGCGUUUCCCGUGGGCAAAUGAAGGCCACAGGGGCCAGAUCAUCUAUGCUAUGGACGUGACGGCCGUGGGAAUCGUAUCGGUUUUACUGAAUGGUGUUGGCGUACUCGAAGCUACCGCGACCGUUGAUGAAAUUGAAAAACGACACCCGGGCAUAUUUGGACCCCAUGGCGGAUACUCCAGGGCCAUGUCGAUUUGCAGCCAGAGCUGGACCAUUGGAGCUUUCUUUGGGCCAAUUCUUUCGGGCUACAUGGCAGAACAUAUCGGAUAUUACGAGAUGACCAGUACGAUCGCGGCAAUAUGCGCCGCUUCCGCUGUCAACACUUACUGGAACCUUAGGCCCAAGGCGCAUCUAAACCACGGGGAGCUUGAACCGGACCCGCUUCCGUGA